CUUAAUUUGCAGUUGUCAUCAUAAUACCCGAAGUCAGAAGAGGUUUCCGUGAGGAAGUGUCUUGUCGUCUGGUAAUAACGUCUCUGGUUGGCUCUGAGGAGGGUCUCACUGCCUCGGGGAUGGGAUCGGAGAGCAGCGCGCUGAAGAGCUCUACUCUCCAAGAGCCGCCCUACACGCUGCCCUCUGGACUGGCCGUGUACCCCGCGGUGCUGCAGGAUGGCAGAGUCGCUUCGGUCUUUGUGUACAAGAGAGAGAAUGAAGACAAGGUCAACAAAGCUGCCAAGCACUUAAAGACACUUCGUCACCCUUGCUUGCUACGAUUUUUGUCUUGCACCGUGGAAGCAGAUGGGAUUCAUCUUGUCACCGAGCGAGUGCAGCCUCUGGAAGCAGCCUUGGGAACGUUGUCUUCUGCAGAGGUCUGUGCUGGCGUCUAUGACAUACUGCUGGCGCUCACCUUCCUUCACGACAGGGGGCACCUGACACACAACAAUGUCUGCUUAUCAUCCGUGUUCGUGAGUGAGGACGGCCACUGGAAACUGGGCGGAAUGGAGACGGUUUGUCAAGUUUCUCAGGCCACGCCCGAGUUUCUGAGGAGCAUUCAUUCAGUAAGAGACGCAGCCUCUAUCCCUCCUGAAGAGCUGUCUCCAGAAUUCACAACUCUUCCGGAGCCCUAUGGACAUGCUCGGGAUGCGUAUGCAUUCGGAACACUGGUGGAGAGCUUGCUCGCCAUCUUAAAGGAGCAGGUUUCAGCGGAUGCUCUCUCCAGCUUCCAGCAGACCUUGCACUCAGCUCUGCUGAACCCUGACCCCCAGUGCCGGCCAGCGCUCAGGGCCUUCCUGUCCCACGACUUCUUCAGAAAUGAUUUUCUAGAAAUUGUGAAUUUCUUGAAAAGCCUAACAUUGAAGAAUGAAGAGGAAAAAACUGAAUUUUUCAAAUUUUUGCUGGACAGAGUCAGCUGCCUGUCAGAGGAAUUAAUAGCUUCACGAUUGGUGCCUCUUCUGCUUAAUCAGUUGGUGUUUGCAGAGCCCGUAGCUGUUAAGAGUUUUCUUCCUCAUCUGCUUGGCCCCAAAAAAGCUAACGCACGGGGAGAGAUGCCCGGCUUGCUCCCGCCGGCGCUGUUCCAGGCCCGCGUGGUCCCCGUGCUGCUGCGGCUGUUCCAGGUGCACGAGGAGCACGUGCGGCUGGUGCUGCUGUCCCACAUCGAGGCCUACGUGGAGCACUUCACGCAGGAGCAGCUGAAAAAGGUCAUCUUGCCACAGGUACUACUGGGCCUGCGAGAUACCAGUGAUUCCAUUGUGGCGAUCACUCUUCACAGCUUAGCAGUGCUGGUCUCUCUACUUGGACCGGAAGUGGUUGUGGGAGGAGAAAGAACCAAAAUCUUCAAGCGCACUGCCCCAAGUUUUACUAAAACUAUGGAUGUUUCCCCAGAAGAUUCUCCCACGCAUGCAGUUGCCUGCAGCCAGCAAAGUGAGAUCUCACCAGUGUUGGAGAAGCCUUCUCCUGGCAUAUUCCCUAACUGCUUCUUUUCUGGCAACAUUCCCAUCAACAGCAAGAAGCACAUAAAGCAAGAUUACUACAGUACUCUCUUACGGACAGGUGAUCAGCUUCCCCAGUCCAUUGAAUUGCCCAUGAAUGGAAUCUCAGACAUGAAAAAUGCUUCUGGGGAUCAUGAGGACUUCGCCUCAGGCUCCAAAAAGUGUGACGAAUGGCCUGACUGGAGUGAGCCGGAGGAGCCGGAAAACCAAACUGUCAGCAUUCAGGUCUGGCCUACAGAAGCCUGUGAUGCUGCUAGGUCCCAGUGUACUAACUUGAAUGUGGAGAAAGAAUCUUGGGGUGACUGCGAGCUCAACUUAGGAGGCGAAAUCUCCGCGGCGGUGCCCGUUACUUCUUGGGAGCAGAAGCCAGUUCCUGUUUUGCUUCCACUCACUAAAGAGUCUAAGCCUUUGAAAUCAAGCCCUCCUCACAAGACUAAUUUUGCAGAAAGCAGAGAAGACUCAGACCAGAUCAAGCCACCAAAAGCACUGUCACAAGAAAGACCCCUUAAGGCUCGAUCAGAACUUGGUUUAGGUGAAGAAUUUACCAUCCACGUAAAAAAGAAACCAGUACAAGAUCCCGAGUUAGACUGGUUUGCUGAUAUGAUCCCUGAAAUUAAGCCUUCAGCUACUUUUCUUAUUUUACCUGAACUGAGGACAGAAAUGACGGUUCCCAACAAGGAUGCUGUCUUACCAGUCAUGCAGUUUUCCUCAAAAUUUGCUGCAGCAGAAAUGAGUGAGGGAGACACUGAAGGCUGGGGAGAAGGAGAGCUGAACUGGGAAGAUAAUAACUGGGAAGAUAAUAAUUGGUGACAACAGGUGUGAGUUAAAUGUAGGAAUGACUCCUUUAAAAGAAAUUAAUACCUCAAAAGCAGACUGUGUGGAUGAGAAAGGCACAAAGCAGCCUGUUUUCCCCAUACCAGGAGCUCUUUGUGAAGUCUGUGCCAACUCAAUUGUGAGGCCAACCCUGAGAGCUGGCUAGACGCCAGGGCAGCCCAGGCCUACAGGACAGGCUGCCAGGAGGGGCACUGUGCGUGAGGCCAGUUUCCAUGAAGAACAAGUAGCGGAGGAAAGGUUCAACUUAAUGCUUUUUUUCCAGGAUAAUUCUGGAAGUAAAGAAAAUAUAAACAUGCAAGCUGGUUAGCUUAAUUUUGUGCCAUUUCUUUACAAAUGAGAAGAGUAAGUCUAUUACAAAAUUUAACUUGCUGGAAAAAAAAUAGCUCUAAAUUAUAAGUAACUUCAAAUCACUCUGGUUUCCUUAGGCAGCUUAUUUAUUUGUUCACAGUUGUACGCUGAGCGAGGGUCCUCGGUGGACCUAGCAGUUACUGACUGUUCCACAUGUAUUUCACUGUACCAAAGUUCUUAAUGAGCAAUCUCCCCCCCCAUCCUGUAAAUGUCAAAUAAAGACUAUUUUCACUAGA